AUGUGGCAUAAUAAUGGCGGAUUUGGCAACAAUGGCCAAUUCCAGCACAAUUUCAACCAGGAUGAUUAUCCACCAUCCUCAUUCCCAGGUCAGCAUAUUCAAGGACAGCAAUACCUGCCGCAACAGCCAAGUAUGACACAAUAUGAAGAUCAUAGUGGUGCAACCUUCCAGCCGGAGGUCGGCUUGUUUAACAUGCAGAACCAGUUCAACAGCCAAGGUCCUCUCCCUCAGUUCUCGCCACCUCCUUUCGAUGUGCAACAACCAGCCAUCCAUACUCCUCGACCUCCUACUCAAAUCAAUGCAAGGGCCGCGGAAUUGAAAGCUGAACUUUUGAAGAGACGAGAAGGGCGAGCAAGCUCUGCAACCCCUCCUGUUCUUACAAAUCUAGCACAUGCUAUCAAACAAAGACCUCACGAUAAUAGCUCAAGCUCGUUCCGAGCAUCUCCAAAGACGCCAAUCGCAACAGCCGAAAAGCAGGAAAAGGAGCUGAAUCUCAACGAGUUGAUUUCACAAUAUUCCGAAUCAAAAAAGCCUACUGCACCUACAACUAUAAAACAAGAGAAUGUUAAUGCCAUUACAUCUAGCAUACAGAGAACCCCAGUUCACAUGAGCGCGACAUCACAAGUACUUUCUUUAGCAAGCCCUAUGAAUGAUACGAAGCAGGUCGAUACUGGAGGUAAUGAGGCAGAAGUGGCAAAGCAAAUCGACAAUGCUGCCAAGGGAAAAUCGUUAGGAAACAGACAUAACAGCAACGGCUCUGUAUCCGAGGGCGAGAUCUUUGAAGACAGCGAGACAAAUCCUAAGGCAUCCGCAACAGCACCUCGCGCCAAGAUGAGGGAGACACAAGGUGGUGCAAGUGUUCCAAAAAUUGAUGAAGAAAUCUCUCGCAGAACUCGAGAUGAACGAACAGAUAAGCCAUUCCCUCGCCCAUCGCGAGAUGAGUCGCCACCCCAUCGAGCUCCUCCGACCAAUUCCAAUAAUCUGGUCCCGCGCAUUCGUGGUGAUCGCCAUGAAGAUGUGGAGGUGCGGGUAGAAAAGCGAACAUACCAGCCAGAUUACAGAAAUGGCAGAGAUGAGAGGAUACAAUAUCCAAAUUCCGAGCGGCCAGCAUACCAAGGUCGAGCGAAUCGUGAAGAGGAUCAUCGCAGACCAGAGCUCAGACCAGAGACCAACCAAAAGAGACGCGAAGAGGUCAUUGACAGACCGAGUCGAGAACAGAAGCUACCUACUCUAGAGGAUUUGCUACCUCUUGAUGAAGACCUACGAGAAUGGUUAGAUAUUACAGGUUACCAUAACACCCCUUAUAGAAGCAAAAUCUUGAAUCGUCGACGUGCUAUUGCUGCUUUGGACGCGCAAAGAGACAAGCUUCUCGCUGAAAUGGAGGCAGACGAGCGAGGUGGCCUUCCUGUCGUUGCUGGAGGACAUGUGCCUACAUCGUCAAUGCUCCCCCCGCCAAUUCCUCAUAAAGUAGGGAGUCGUACUGAGUUUGUUGCCACUCCAGCUGGAACCUUUCCUUCAGACUCUGUGCGUGAUCGAGUAGCUCCUAACAAGCGUCCUUACAGCGAUAUUGGAGAACCAAAAGGCGAAAUCAAUGGUGGUGUGAAAAUCGCCCGUACUGACGAUCGAAGAUAUCAACCACAGCGAAUUGAGGAUGAGGAUGGAUCAGACUAUCGUCGUCCACGGUCCAGUGGUUUCGAUACAUCUCGCCGCUCGCCACAAGUUGAACGUCGGGAGAGGGACACGUCGCGUCCUCGUCAUGAAGCAAGAGGCCGAAGCCGAGAACGCGAGUCCUCUCCAGACCCGAGUCGUCGAGCAUUUGAGAGUCGGCCACCUGCUCGUGCACGAGGCUACGAUUCGGUCACGUUCCGCGAUGGAGAAGAAGUUGAGCGAGGUCGUGGUGGAUACGAGCAUCGGGGUGGUUAUCGAGGUCGUGCAUAUGAUCCCAACUACCGAGGCAGAGGUCGUGGUAGAGGCCGCGGUGACUCUCGUGAUGGUCGGGACAGUCGAGAUGUCGACUACAACUCGGACGUUAAGUUGGAAACUGGAUUUGGGUCGAAGAUUGCGAACGGCAAGCCAUUUAAGGAUCCUCAGGGCUUUGACAGAGGAGGAACAGGAGAAACUAAAUACUUCAUCGUAAAAUCCUUUAACGAAAAAAACGUUCUAAGAUGCAUCCAAGAUUCUAUUUGGACAACCCAACUGCAAAACGGUAGCGUCUUUAAAGAAGCAUUUGAGACCUGUAAGAACGUGAUUCUGGUAUUCUCAAUCAACAAAAGCCGCGCCUUUCAAGGCUACGCGCGCAUGGAAUCUCUACCUGGAUCCAUGGAAUCCCCAGAUUGGCAACGAGCCAUCAACUGGGAAAGUGCAGGCGCCUUCCGCGUCCGCUGGCUCGUCGUCUGCUCUACACGUUUUCACCGCAUUGGACACCUCAAAAAUGCACUGAACGACAACCUUGCUGUCCUGAUCGGUAAAGACGGCCAGGAGAUCGAGGAAAGUUGCGGCGCGGGACUCAUUGAACUCAUUGAUGAAGAAGCCGAUCUCGCGUUCGAUCAGGAGGAUAGAUAUGAUGAUAGGAUGUGGGAGGAACAUUACUAAUUCUGGAAUUUGAAUCAGGCGAAAGUUAUACAUACGUCGGUUCCGCAAGCUAAAAUUGUGUAUAGUGUUUGGGCAAUUUUGCAACACUUUUUAGCAAUGCGUCGAAAGAUCAGGGUAAUCAGAAUGCAGAUAAUCGAU